AUGGACUUCAACCAUCUCGAGAAGGUGCCCACCAAUACCCCCGAGUGGAACGACCUCCGCGACGAUGCCAUGCGCGCCGAGGAGAACGAGAAGUCGAUGGGCCUUGUCGAGGGUCUCCGCAACUACCCCAACGCUGUCUUCUGGUCGUUCGCCAUUUCGCUCUGCAUCAUCAUGGAGGGCUACGAUACCCAGGUUCUUGGCAAUGUUAUCGGUCUCUCGGAAUUCCGCCAGAAGUUCGGCUUCGACACUGGCGUUGAGGGCGAGGGUCGUUAUCAGCUCACGGCGGCAUGGCAGACUGCUAUCUCGCAGGCGCCAACCAUCGGUUGCUUCAUCGGUAUUCUGAUCUCGUCAUGGGCCCAGGACAAGUGGGGCUACCGCCGCACUAUUCAGAUCGCCCUCGUCUUCCUCACUGGUACCAUUUUCAUCGUAUUCUUCGCCGUCAAUGUCGAGAUGCUCUUCAUCGGUGAGCUCCUCUGCGGUCUGCCGUGGGGUGCUUUCUCUUCUUCGGCUGUGUCGUACGCAUCGGACGUUACCCCCAUCCCCCUCCGUGGUUACCUCACCACCUACAUCAACCUGUGUUGGGUCAUAGGCCAAAUGAUCGGUGCCGGUAUCCUCCGCAAAGUAACCACGCUCCCCGGCGCCAACGCCUACCGCAUCCCCUUUGCCGUGCAGUGGGUGUGGCCCAUUCCCCUGUUCAUCCUCGUCACCCUUGCUCCCGAGUCCCCCUGGUUCCUUGUGCGUGCCGGUCGCCUCGCCGAGGCCAAGCGUGUUGUUGAGCGUCUCUCGCGCAAGGGCGAGAAGGUCGACUCCGACGCUACUGUCGCCAUGAUGGUCCGCACCAACCAGAUGGAGAUCGACAACGAGACCGGCUCCACCUACAUUGACUGCUUCAAGGGUGUCGACCUCCGCCGUACCGAGAUUGCCUGCGUUGUCUGGAUCUGCCAGCAGCUUUGCGGCAUGGUCUUCUGCGGCUCCCCCACCUACUUCUUCCUCCAGGCCGGUCUGGCCGAGGACAACGCCUUCAGCCUCAACCUCGGUAUCACCGGCAUUGCCUUCGUCGGCACAGUCGCUUCGUGGAUUACUCUCACCAUCAUGGGCCGCCGUCCUCCCUUCCUCGCCGGCAUGGCCUUCAUGUGCAUGCUCAUGUGGAUCAUUGCUGGUCUGUCGUGGCCCGCCGACAAGGGCGGCGGUGGCGCUUGGGGCCAGGCUGCCCUCGUCAUGAUCUUCGUCUUCGUCUACGACUUCACCAUCGGUCCCCUCACCUACUGCAUUGUCGGUGAGGUCUCGUCCACCCGUCUCCGCUCCAAGACUGUCGGUCUUGCCCGUAACGCCUACAACGUUGUCGGUGUCUGCGCUGGUAUCCUCAACACCUACAUGGUCAACGCCACUGAGUGGAACCUCAAGGGCCGUGCGGCGUUUGUUUGGGGCGGCACCUCCCUCAUCUGCACGAUUUGGUGCUUCUUCCGCCUCCCCGAGAUGAAGGGCCGCUCGUACCGCGAGCUCGACAUUCUCUUCGAGCGUCGCAUCCCUGCUCGCAAGUUCCGGAGCACAAUCAUCGACGAGCACGAGGAGUCGUAA